CGACAGUUAAUCGUCGACUCCACCUGACAGCAACGCCCACCUUGGCAAAGGACAAAAUAUAUACGGUUCCGAAGGGUCAAAGUCAUGGAACAAACGGAUAAUUUGAAAAGAGCAGUAAGGUUCUAUAGACACAUGAUCAUUCGGCGUCUGACACUCGCUAGUCAGCAUACAAAUACGGACGUGCUGCCAAAAGUAGCAGCGAAACUUGGCGACAACUUUUUGCACGACUUGAAACUUAAGAAAGGAGAGUUAAAGUCGUCGGUCCUCGUUAGACACAUAGUUUCUGGAUACCAGGAGGAAGACGAGGCGAAGAUCACCAACUUCUGCCAAAUACUUCGUCAUGACCGCAACCUUGGACUCGGCCUAUUGGCGGAUUUGAUCGAAAGUUACCCGGGUCUGCGUAUGUACAGAAGCCAGUGGAAUCUACUUGACCUCCUGUCACAGAUAGCGUCAUUAAGAGCUGUCAUACAACAACUCGGGAAGUGCCUGCACCUGGAGAACGAUGUCAUUGAGCGAUGUAAGCGGCAAAACCGACAACCAUUGGAUAAGGUCAGGGCCAUCCUGUUCUAUGGUCUACAGAGUCUCGGAUGCACAACCUCGCUUGCUCAGGAAGUCCUCGGACUCGUCUACACAACUUUGAGAGAGAAGCGGGAAGAAAACUCGGCCCUUCUUGGACUUCUAGAGGCGUUGCGGUCACAGAUUGACGAGUGGAAAGACAUCAGGAAAGACUCUGACGAACAAGGUGCUACAUGUGAUGCAGAUGUCGACUAUGAUGACGACUUUGAAGACGUUUCUGACAGUGACGAUGAUGGCUUCGAAGAAGGGUCGUACUUUUCGGACUUUGAAUCUGACGACAGCAGAGGUAGCGAAGAUGAGAAAAAGCUUUCUCCACGCCAGAAUGACAGCGGGUCUGAGGGAGAAAUAGAGGAAUGUUUGGACAUGACAAACAAACCAGUACAAAGCAAGGAGCGCGCCAGUGAAUCUGAAGAAGAAAUCGAGGAAUGUAUUUUCAGUGACAAGAAAGAUAAAUCACUACAUCGGGAGUCUAGAUCGUCAAGUUCAAUCAGCAAAGUUGUUGACAUUGGAUCUGAGGAGGAAAUAGAAGAAUGUAUUGAUGAUGGCAGGAAAGGCAGACAGUCAUCCAGACCAGUGGCGUCAUCUGGCAAAGGGGUAGACAGUGAUUCUGACGAAGAAAUUGAAGAAUGCAUUGUCGGCAGCUCCAAACCUAAGAAGGGACCUCUCCAAAGAAGAACCUCUCCAAAGCCAGCAUCGACAUCACACCAAGUGAGCACGGGCUCGAAAAGGCGAAACAGUAAUAGAGGACCAAGCAGUGCCCAAGCAACAGGACGGGUACGAAGAAACAGCCUCCAUGACGGCACGAGAGGUCGGUCGCAAAGGACUGUGGUUCUAGGGGAACCGCAGAGCAACAGAAGCCAGACGUCAAGGAAACAGACAGGUGGCGUCUCAGCAGAAGCCCCAUUGCAGAAUAAGAACAUGGCGGAGCGAGACCGGGAAACAGCAGGAGAUGGAAGAAGUUGUCAUGAAGGACACGCCAUCAGGAAACUGGAGGAUAAAGUAGAAAAACUUGAGGCGCUUAUUGGGAAGAUCGGCAAAUUCUUUCCUCACAUACAGGGACACGAAACAGGGACUUCGAGUAGACCUUCAACCUCGAUGUCUAGAAAAGUAACAGAGAUGCAACUUAGUAAGUUGUCUCAGUUCAUAGGGAACGACUGGGAAUCACUGGGCAGAGAGUUGGGAUUAAAGGCUGUCACCCUAUCACAGAUAAAGUGCGAAAACCCGCUGCAGGUGGAGAGGGUUUUCAACAUGCUUUUGAAGUGGAAGAACCGAAACUAUUCCACUGCUACCGUUCAGACCUUGUACACGGUAAUAAGUCGCUGGGAUGGAGUCAAGAUAGACGCGCUAGAUUAUCUGAAUUCUUUUCGGUGAUUCUUUAGCAGCAAAAUAUUUUGUAUAAUGUAUGUAAUAUAUAAACUAUAUCAAAUGUUAUUGCCAAAUGCAACCUAGUUCACAACAACUUGCCAUGGCAACUAAUAUUUCAUCCAGACGCAUUACACUAAAGAUCUAAGACUUAGUUCUGUGUUCGUGAGAGGAAGAAUAGUGUAAUACACACACACACACACACACACACACACACAUGCAUGCAUACACGCACACACGCGCACACUUACAUACACAUGCCCAUGUCGAGUAGGUGUAGCGGAGACUCCGUAUGGAAAUGGGGAAAUGUCAUUUUAAUUUGGGAAGUUGCCAAUAUUUUGUAUUAUAGAUCAUCAAUCAUAAAUCAUAUGACUCACUGCGCAUGUACAAUAUAAUACAGUAGCUUGCUUGUAGUCUGAAGCACAAGACAGGCAGACAAGCCUGCACACGAUCCAUUUAUCAGUGAGAUACCUGCAGAACUUAUGCAAUGUGCAUCUACAGACAUCA